UUGGAAUUAACCACACUUUUUAGUUUAACUUUAAACAUAUACUACAAUUAACAGAACUACUAUUCUGAAUGUCACAUUAAUAAAUACUGUAAACCAUAAUAAUUUUACACAACUCAUAGGUAUUGGUGAAUUUUCUCAUGCCUUUAACUCUAUCAUGUCUUGUUUUCAGCUCUUCUAAUAUCAGUAGUCUUUCAACAUUUAUUUUUUUGUUAACCCAAGUAUAAUAUUGACUGUUUGCAUUUGAAUACAAAGAAGACAUCUGUUGUAUUAAUCCAAAGUGCUGAAGAACUCAGGGUAAUGGAUGGAAGUAACGAGGUAGAUGCUGGAUUAAUAAAAAGAAUGUUCCAAAAAUUAGAGUUUUAUUUUUGAGAAGAGCAGCUUCUUCAUGACACAGUGAGUUAUUGGAGGUGUUUGAACAUAGGCAGAAAAGCCUAGUAGUGAGUAGGAAAACAUAGUGAGGGACUCCUACCUAGAGAGGGGAGAAAUAGACCAAAGACCUUUAAGGUCUCAUCUAACACUAAGAUUCUAUGGCUAAUGAAUACUUAACUUUUACAUAUUUGAUACUGAAGAGGUAAUCAAGAGUUUUGAAAAAGACUUCACUUUCCUUAAGGUGGCUCCUAAAAUUUGUAAACAUAUAUCCCUAGAAUAAAAUGGGAGUAGAACUAUACUGAAUUUAGUAGUCACAUGGUACCAAUGACCUACAGUAUUGGAGCUGUUUCUCUUUACAUUUAGAAUCUCUGAACCCCCCCCCUCCAAACGUCACUGGACCCACUUUUAUAAAGAUGGGAAAGAGAAAAAUGUAGAGGGAGGUUUUUUCUCCCUCUAUACCAUAAUGCCACUAAAAAUUAGUAAAAUUAAUACACAGUAUUAAUAAACUAAAGAUCACUUGUCAUUAAUACCCAUUUCAAGUACUUCUCAGACCUCGUUUUUCCUGACAAUUUCAGAAUUCAUUCAGUAGUUUAAGAGGCUGUGAUCCCCAGCUUUUUAUCACAGUUGGGACUUUUAUUGAUGGUUUAACUGAAGAAUCAAAGAUUAAAUGGGCCUAAGCAAGCAAAUUAUUCCUGUACCUUACAUUUUUGACAACACUUUAAAAUUUUCCUUUUGGUAACAAGCUACAGAAAUUUCAUAUAUUAGCUUUCGUAUUUAAAUGGAAAAUCCUUUAUCAUCAUGGUAUUAUAAAGCCUGAGUUUCUACCUUGAGGCCCCUUAUUAUUUUUAUCUUUACCCACCUCAAGUCUAUGCACAUCCACUGUUCUUUGCCUUUAGCUGUAUCCAUCAAACAUCUAAAGUGAAAAUUAUGUGACUGUGAACUGACUUUAAAAAGCCAUUUUUAUUUCAAGUCCUAAGGAUUAAGGUAAUUCAACAGGGUAACUUAAAAACUAUAUAUCUAUGCUAAAAUAUUUAUUCCCCCAAGGAAUCCUGAAAUACACUUUUAUAUAAGUAUUCUAAAAAAUAAAAUGAAAAUACUGUACAGUACAGUUUAUGGUAAAACUUGUUUGUAGAUUUGGGAACCUUAAAGUUUUCCUUUCUCUUCUUUCCCUUGCUUUUCUUUCAGUAGAAAAUGUGCAUCAGAUGUUUAUGUUUAAUUGGUUUACAGACUGUCUGUGGACUCUUUUCCUGUCAAAUUACCAGCCAUCUGUUGAGUCUUCAAGUCCAGGAGGUUCAGCAACAUCAGAUGACCAUGAAUUUGAUCCAUCAGCUGACAUGUUGGUUCAUGAUUUUGAUGAUGAACGAACAUUAGAAGAAGAAGAAAUGAUGGAAGGAGAAACAAACUUCAGUUCUGAAAUAGAGGAUCUUGCAAGGGAAGGCGACAUGCCAAUUCAUGAACUUCUCAGCCUUUAUGGUUAUGAUAGUACUAGCCGACUACCUGAAGAAGAUGAGGAAGAGGAGGAAGAGGAAGAAGAAGGUGAAGAUGAUGAAGAUGCUGAUAAUGAUGAUAAUAGUGGCUGUAGUGGAGAAAAUAAAGAAGAGAAUAUAAAGGAUUCAUCAGGUCAAGAGGAUGAAACUCAGUCUUCCAAUGAUGAUCCAUCACAAUCUGUUGCUUCUCAAGAUGCGCAGGAAAUAAUCCGCCCACGUCGAUGUAAAUAUUUUGAUACAAAUAGCGAAAUAGAAGAAGAAUCUGAAGAAGAUGAAGAUUAUAUUCCAUCAGAAGACUGGAAAAAGGAGAUUAUGGUGGGCUCCAUGUUUCAAGCAGAGAUUCCAGUUGGCAUUUGUAGAUACAAAGAAAAUGAAAAAGUAUAUGAAAACGAUGAUCAGCUUCUGUGGGACCCUGAGUACCUACCGGAAGAUAAAGUGAUUGUAUUUCUUAAGGAUGCAUCUAGAAGAACAGGUGAUGAGAAAGGUGUAGAAGCAAUUCCUGAAGGAUCGCACAUAAAAGACAAUGAACAGGCAUUAUAUGAAUUGGUUAAAUGCAGUUUUGACACAGAAGAAGCAUUGAGAAGAUUAAGAUUUAAUGUAAAAGCAGCUAGAGAGGAAUUAUCUGUUUGGACAGAAGAAGAGUGUAGAAAUUUUGAACAAGGACUGAAGGCCUAUGGAAAGGAUUUUCAUUUGAUUCAGGCUAAUAAAGUUCGAACAAGGUCAGUUGGUGAAUGUGUAGCAUUCUAUUAUAUGUGGAAAAAAUCUGAACGUUACGAUUUCUUUGCUCAGCAAACACGAUUUGGAAAAAAGAAAUACAAUCUUCAUCCUGGUGUAACGGAUUACAUGGAUCGGCUUCUAGAUGAAAGUGAAAGUGCUGCCUCUAGUCGAGCACCAUCUCCUCCCCCAACUGCCUCGAACAGUAGUAAUAGCCAGUCUGAGAAAGAAGAUGGCUCUAUAAGUAAUAGUAAUCAAAAUGGGGUGUCAUCUAAUGGACCAGGUGAAAUGUUAAACAAAGAAGAAGUAAAAGUUGAAGGGUUACACGUUAAUGGACCAACAGGUGGAAAUAAGAAACCACUUCAUGCAGAUAUGGAUAGUAAUGGUUAUGAAACAGAUAACCUUACCACUGACCCAAAACUUGCCCAUAUUGAUGAAAAAAGUGAGAGACCUGCCAAAAGGCGAAGGGUAAACAGCAAUGGAAAAGAAAGUCCAGGUUCUUCUGAAUUUUUCCAAGAAACAAUCUCACAUGGAAAAUUUGAAGAACUUGAAAACACAGAUGACUGAAUUUUAGAUUUAAAAUACUUUCUUUGGAGUAAAUCCUGGUAUGACUAAAAUUUUCAGGGUUGAUGGGUUACCUUAAAAACUUGAUUUCCUAGAAGCAAUUCGUUAGAAUUUGAAAACUGAAUUGCGUCCUAACUUCAGUAAAUAAGAUUUCGUAAUUCUGCCUUUUGCAGAAUUUUUAUUUUAAAACUAUAAAGACCCAUUUAAGGAUAAAACAGAUAGUUUAGUAAAUUUGAAUGAACUGAAGAUGUACAUGUACCUUUUCAUUGGAUAUAUUAAUCCUAAAGUUUUACUACAAGGUACUUUUUGCUUAAUUUUGAUGGCAGAGAAGAAAAAACGAAUUUUCUGCUUAACAGCAAUUUUUUUUAGUUUAUUGAAAUCUUUCAGACAUUUUUCUCUAUAUACAAGUUGAGUUAUCAUUAUUAAGGAAACCCCUCUGAAUCCUGAAAGUUAUGCUAGCAUGAUUUUUUAUAUAUAGAAGUUUAAAAAUAAACCAAGUCAGGUUUGUAUAUGUAAAAUUGUUGACAUCAAUGAUGUCUUUCCAUAUUCUUAUCUGGGCUUAAGAAAUACAUUCUGUAUUUUUCCAGAUUCUUUGUAGCCUUUGAAAGAUUUUUACAGUACAUAUGUCUUGACUGAGCUGUCCUUUCUUAAUACAAAAGCUUGUAUAAUUUUCUUAAACUUGUACAGUUGGUAAACUUUUAUGAGAGGAAUUGAUAUUCUGAGUCUGUCAGCUUUCAUUUUAUUUUGCUAUGGUUUUUCUAAUGAAUUUUUAAGUGUUUGUGUAGUAACUGAGUCAUGUUUCUUAUCCAGGUGGUAAAAGCAUUCAUGAAGGAUUGUGAAAUUUUUUCCCCAAAUUUUUACUUAUGGGCAAAUAGUGUGAGAAUUCUGAAAUUAAGCAUGAUACUUAGAUUGCAUAGUUUGUUUGUAUUUGCUAUAAUUUUCAAAAUUAUUUUUGAAGCAAGACAAAAGUUUGUUAGCUUAAAUGCUUAAUUGUAUCAUGCUGACCAGAAUCCUGUUCAUUUAUUUUUAUAUGCAUUAUGAAAUUUCCCACUUUUGCAUUAAAUAAACUGGGGAAAAGGUCAAGUGAUAUUUAGGUAAUUGGCACACACAAGGAGUUGGCAGGCAACAAUAUUGAUUUUUAAGAGGAAAAGUGAUGAAGUUAGAAAAGUUUUUGGACUUUUCCAGUUACAUCUUAGUUUUCCAGAUUUGAUAAGUGUAUUUCCAAAAUGAAAUUAAGAUAUACAGUGACUAUUGCUCUGUGAUUACAAAUAGGAUCAUCCAUUUGCAUAACCUUGCAAGAGUGCCAUUUUAUUUUUAGUGCAAAAUUCUUGUUAAAAAAUGUAGUUUUAUACAGCUGAUAGACCAACCUAUAUCCAAACUUUUAUAAAAGAUUGUUAACUAUUGUUUUUCACAUAGGCGUACCCCAAAUGCUUCUACCAAUUCAUCCCUUUCAGCCAUCAGUUCAAGAAGAGCUGAUGCCUUUUAAAAAUAAAUCUGUGAUCAUCUUUUUAAUGGCUCAACUGUCUAAUGCAAUUGAGUAGAGGUUUGCACUGAGAUAUGGUUUAGGCCUUACUCCCAUGAAGUAUUACUGUUAACAUAUGUUCAGACUGCUUCGCUCCACCAGUGUGAACAAGUCUCUUCCUCCCCUCCCCCCAAACAGUGUUAAAAGCCACUUUACAACACUUGACUGACUUCAUAUAAUGUACAUUCACUGUUACAUACAUAUCCAAGUAAAUCCAAGUUUUGGGUGGAAGUGUUGAGAAGCAUGAAUUUCUUUUUUUUGGUUUUUGUUUUGUUUUGUUGUACCUAGAACAUUAAUUUAUCCAGAAUGGCAGCUUUAACAUGGUUGCAAUCCAUUUUCUAAAUCAGAUUUUAUUAAAACAUCCAGAGUAUCCUAGCUCUUUGUUAAAGACAAUAGAAAUGUUUCAAACAAAUAGUAAUAUACUUUUUAAGUUGUUGCAAUAUUUGAGAUACCAUUUUCACCUUUUAUGAAAGAUGCAUUUUGUUUGCAGGUUUGUGAAGUUCUUGAAUAUGGCACAUGUAUACAUGUUAGGAAAUCUUAAUCUUAUCUUUUUAAAGUAUGCCUAAUGAAAGACAUUCCACUAUUAUAAUACAUAAUGCUCAGCUUUUCAUAAAGAAAUAUUUAAUUAUAUUUUGUGUUUAUACAGGUAUUUCACACAGUACUUUGCUCUUCAUAAUGCAACCAUUAUAACUUGAUAAGUCAUUGCACUAUAAAAUUUUUAGUACUAUCAUGAAUCUAAUUUGCUUAAUAUUUAGUACAUUUCAUAACUCUUGAACUCCUGACAAAUUGCAUUGGGAAAAGAAGUCUUUGUUAAAGCUACUUAGUCUCUCCCACCUCCAGCAAAGCACUAUUAUUUUCAUUUGGAAUGGUGUUCUGUUUAUGAUGUGUUUUCAAAUAGAGUUCAGAAUCUGCAACUCAGUUCAACAUAAAUCUGUUGAGCUUUAAAAUGUAUUUGAAAUAAUAUUUAAAUGGGCAUUUAAAAUUAUGAGUUAGAUGUUUUUAAAUUUAUGCAUAGUAAUUUUGCACUGUAAAAUAAUUCCCUUCUCCCAUUCCGCCUGCCAUUCUGAAUAUGCUUAUUAAAAUAUUUUUUUAAACAUA